AUGUCGGCAAGUCAACUCCAAAGAUGGGCCGUUUUCCUCUCCGGCUUUGAUUAUGAGAUCAAACAUGUAAAAGGUACGGAUAACGAGGUUGCUGAUUGUCUGUCGCGAUUGAAUAAUAAACAAGUCCAAGAGGCAAUUGAGUCCAGUAAAGUUUUAAAAAAAGUUCGUCAGUAUGUGAAGUAUGGCUGGCCGAGCAAGGUGAAUGAUGAGUUAGCCAAAUUUAAAAACAAGGAGCUGGAGCUUUCGAUCGAAAAUGACUGUCUGAUGUGGGGCCAUCGAUUGGUGGUGCCAGAAUCGCUGCGUGUACUGAUGUUGAGGGAGCUUCAUGAUGGUCACAUGGGCGUGGUUAAAAUGAAGGCCCUGGCCCGAUCAUACAUUCGGUGGCCAGGCAUGGACGUAGAGAUUGAAAAAAUCACGAAGCCUUGCGAGGCUUAUCUCAAGUAUAAUGAUAGUCCGCCUAAAUCAAAAUUGCACGUUUGGGACUGGCCAGACGCCCCUAACGUUUGUUUGCAUGCAGACUUCUUAGGUCCACUGGACAGAAAGAUGUACUUGAUUGUCGUGGAUAUUCACUCGAAGUGGGUAGACGUCAAGCUUAUGCACGACAUCACAUUAAAGUCAACAAUCUACGCCUUCAGGGAGUAUUUUGCAGAUUGGGGCCUACCCAACAAUGGAGUUCUCCAUGCAACGUUGUCGCAUUAUCACCCUGCAAGCAACGGGGUAGCCGAAAAUGCUGUGAAAACAUUUAAGAAAAAAUGUAAGUCGUUCAGAGGUGAAGACAGAUCGCGCAAAGAGUCAUUGUCUAAGUACCUGUUCCAUGUGAGAAUAACACCCCAUGUCACAACUGGAGUGUCUCAAGCGGAGCUUCAAUUGGGCCGUAAAAUGCGGACUCGUUGGGACCUUCUGAGGGAGUCGUCACGUAAGAAGGUUCAACGGAGCCAAAAAGCUCAGGAAAAAUUUUUUCAUGAAACUAGGAACAUUGCAUUCGAAGAUAACGAAAUAGUCAUGGCCAAAGACUACAGGAACAACAGUUGA